AUGCUUCCUAGUGAUUUAUUAGCAGAAUUCCUCUCAAGACUCCCUGCCAAAAAUGUAUGUCAAUUAAAAUGUGUUUCAAAACAUUGGCUCAACACAAUUUCCACACCUCACUUCAAGAAAUUCCAUUACAAAAAAUCCAUCAAAAAUCCUCAUCUAGUUGUAAUUGAUGAAUACAUCAAAUGCAACAACUAUUUUACCAAAACUCUUACAAUAUCCACAAUUAAUCACCUUAAACAAAAUCCAACACCAAAUCUUGACAAGAAAUUCACUUUAGACAUUUUGUUUCAACACAACACCAACUUCUCUUUUAACCAAUGUUUCAUUUGUUACAACAUUUGGUUAUACAAUCUAACCACUCAACAAAAUCAAGAAUUGCCUCAUGUUACAACCCCCAUGAUUGGUUUUGAUUUAGGGUACAUCCCAUGUUCUAAUGAAUUCAAGAUUGUUCAUGUUUUUGGGAAAAAAGAUGACAAAGUUGGAUAUGAGAUUAUAACUCUUAAAGAUGACAACUUUGUCCCAACUUCUUGGAGGAUUCUUGAAAAUCAUAAGAAUUUAUACACAAGAAAAUUUUCAUCUUUGAGUGUGAAUGGCUCUAUUUAUUGGUUGGUUAAUGAUAUGCAAGACAAUAAAAAAGGAAUUGUGUGUCUAGACUUGGAAAAUGAGGAAUUUAGGAAAAUUUCUUGUCCAAAAGAAAGUUCAAUUACUCAAAAAAGUCUAAUGAUAUAUCAAGCACAACAACUAGUGGAAGUAAAGGAGUUAUUUGGAGUAGCACAAUUUUCAGCAAAUUUUUCAAAUGUAAAUAUUUUUGUGCUUAGACAAGGCAACAAGAAGAAGAAUAAAGAGGAGUUUUGGGUAAAGGAGUUUAGUGUCAACUUGUUUCAUAUGGGGCAUUGGUUUAAAAUUGUGGGGUUUGUGCCUUUUGAAGAAGAUAAUACUAAUGGAGAGUUAAUAUUUGUUCCAAAUAAUGGGAGACUCUUAUUAUACAAUACCAAAAAAGGAAGCUUUAAAAAUGUGGGAGAGUACAAUUUAUUGAGAUAUAAGCAUCAGAGUUUGUAUUUUGAUAGUCUCUUUUGUUUAGGUAGUAGUGGAUGA